AUGGCCGACCUCAGCUCCGCCGCAGCUUCCAUGGAGCUCAAGGAGAACACCGUCAUCGUCGUUCUCGGUGCCUCCGGAGAUUUGGCGAAGAAGAAGACCUACCCUGCGUUGUUUGGUCUGUACCGAAACCAGUUUCUUCCCAAGGAUAUCAAGAUUGUCGGAUAUGCGCGGACAAAGAUGGAUCACGAGGAAUACAUCCGCCGCAUCAGAUCUUACAUGAAGACACCCACGAAGGAGAUUGAGCAGCAGCUCAACGACUUCUGCAACCUCUGCACCUACGUUUCCGGCCAGUACGACAAGGACGACUCAUUCCUUAACCUGACCAGACAUCUCGAGGACCUCGAGCAGGGCAAGCCCGAGACUCAUCGUCUCUUCUACAUGGCUCUCCCCCCCAGUGUCUUCACCAUUGUCUCCCAGCACCUGAAGAAGUGCUGCUACCCCACCAAGGGUAUUGCGCGCGUUGUUAUUGAGAAGCCCUUCGGCAAGGACCUUGCCAGCUCCCGCGAGCUGCAGAAGUCUUUGGAGCCCGACUGGAAGGAGGAUGAGCUCUACCGCAUUGAUCACUACCUCGGCAAGGAGAUGGUCAAGAACAUUCUCAUCCUCCGCUUCGGCAACUCCUUCUUCGGUUCCACUUGGAACAGACAGAACAUCGACAACGUUCAGAUCUCAUUCAAGGAGCCCUUCGGCACCGAGGGCCGUGGCGGCUACUUCGACGAGUUUGGUAUCAUCCGCGACGUCAUGCAGAACCACUUGCUUCAGGUUCUCACCUUGCUCGCCAUGGAGCGUCCUAUCUCCUUCGCCUCUGAGGAUAUCCGUGACGAGAAGGUCCGCGUCCUCCGCGCCAUGACCGCCAUUGAGCCCAAGAACGUCAUCAUCGGCCAGUACGGCAAGUCUUUGGACGGCAGCAAGCCCUCAUACAAGGAGGAUGAUACUGUCCCUAAAGAUUCCAGGUGUCCCACUUUCUGUGCCCUCGUCGCCUACAUCAAGAACGAGCGCUGGGACGGCGUUCCCUUCAUAAUGAAGGCCGGCAAGGCUCUCAACGAGCAGAAGACCGAGAUUCGUAUCCAGUUCAAGGACGUUACCUCGGGCAUUUUUAAGGACAUUCCCCGUAACGAGCUUGUCAUGCGCAUUCAGCCCAACGAGAGCGUCUAUGUCAAGAUGAACUCCAAGCUGCCUGGUCUCAGCAUGCAGACUGUGGUUACCGAGCUUGACCUGACCUACCGUCGCCGCUUCUCUGACCUCAAGAUCCCCGAGGCCUACGAGUCGCUGAUUCUGGACUGCCUCAAGGGCGACCACUCCAACUUCGUCCGUGAUGACGAGCUGGAUGCCAGCUGGAGAAUCUUCACUCCUCUUCUCCACUACCUGGACGACAACAAGGAGAUCAUUCCCAUGGAAUACCCCUAUGGUGAGGGAUCCCGUGGCCCCGCAGUUCUCGAUGACUUCACUUCUUCCUAUGGAUACAAAUUCAGUGAUGCGGCCGGUUACCAGUGGCCUACAACCUCUGCUCAAGCUGCUCCCAACAAGUUCUGCACGCUCUCUCGCCUUCGCAACACCACCUUCCCUAUCAUCGAGCAGCCGACUAUCGAUCCUAAUCGCGCCCUCACCAACCAUCACCGAUUCGAGCCAGACCUGAAGACCAACGGUGUCAAUGGUGGGAAGAUGGAGGGACAGCCGUCGCCGAACAAGGGCAAGGCACCGGCCGAUGAUGCCCCGGCGACAGACGACAUGGCGAACGGCGCCUCCGACGCGAAAGGCAAGCAGCAACCCCAAAUGUCUACCGGCCUCACGUUACAACAAAAGCCGAGGAUGAAUGACCUACCGGAGGAGAUUGUGCACAUCACGCAAGGAUACAUCCCCUUGUCAAUGAUCGUUUCGCGGCUUGCGCAGCGCACCCACGAAGACUUGGAGAAGACGAUCAUGGACAUGGCCGCUAUCAAGUGGGCUCCACCAGCUGUGAACGGGAACACACCCAAUGGCACCGACAUCCCGGAUGACAUGUCAGAAGGGAACAAAAGGAAAAAGAUGCUCAUGCUCAAGUUUGCCCAAGAUGCGCAUUCCAAAUGGGUCAAAGCACUCGUCAUUACGGACUGGAGCAGGAACGCGGAGGCUGUCAGCAAGCUAAUCGACAUCAAGGCGCACAUCGAUUCCAAGCGGAUGCUGUUCGACUUCUGCCAGGACUUGCUGAUCGAUUUGAAGCGAUCCCUCAUUUCAGCGCGGCUUCCCAACCCUGAUCUUAAGACUGCCCUGCAGGUUCUGACAACUGGUGAAGCAUCAUGGAUCCCCGAGCCGGGUUAUAUUCCACCGCCGCCAUUAACACCGGAGGAACAGCUGAAAUGGAUCGACGAUCUCAACACCAUGCUGUCUCUGCGCCUGAACCUGGACGACUACGACAAGAUACCACAUCAAUUCAAGGACUAUACCAUACACUCGGGCAGAGUCACUUUUAAGGUGAAGGGCGAAUUUGAGGUGGACCUGACCAUCGCCGAUGAGGAUUUUACGAGGCAAUUUUGGUUCAUCGAUUUCCGGUUUUCCUUCUCGCCUUCCUCGAGCAAGCUUUCUGACACCCUGGUGUCAUACCUCGAACUACGUGUCAACGAGAUUCUGGGUCAAGACGGCUUGGAGGGGUGUUAUCAAUUCCUCCACGAGUUCGUCCUCACGCACAAGAUCAACGAACUCCGACGACAAGCGAUCGAGCUGAGCCGCAGCACAUGGACCGGAACAUUAAUGGUCGAACCCCUCAACCGAGCUUUGGCCCUCCAAUACUGGACCGCUCGGUAUGGCCCCAACGGGCCCAAGAGCUGGGUUAUGGUUGCUGUCAAUAGCGCGAAAAGGACCAACGGGCAGACCGAUCCGAAGCAUUCCAGUCGCUUAGUUGCGCGGUGGUAUCGCGACAACAAGGAGGUCAAAGACGUCUUUUUACCGUUCGACGUCGACAAUUUGUGUGCCGAGGAUCUGCUCAAGACUGCUGUUGCCCGGCACGUGGAGCAUAUCCUCUCCUCAAUCCAUGCCAAGCUUCUAUCAUAUCCCCGGUUCGUGAAAAGAGAGUCCUCCAUGACUCUCAAGAUCUCACGAACAGAGCCGAUGGAAUCGUGCUUGGGUAUGCAACUUGGCUCGCGGGACAAUGUCACCCUCAUCGUACAACCGGUGACCGGCUUUGCGGCCAUCAAGCCCCAUACCAAGUACUCUCUCAACGGCGAGAAUCGACUCAACUAUGGCGGCAAGGACCCCGCCGAGGAUGGCGUUAUCUGCCUGGAAAACAUCAGGUGGGGCUAUGUCAUCGAAGAAUUCAACCGCAGAGGACGGAGCGUGGGCUGGAAGACUUGCAAAAGCCCGAUUGGAAGUGAAGAGAUCAAGCAAAUCAUCCGGACUCGCGAAGGUUUCCAGACCAUCUUUCUCCAGCGUCAAAGUCUAGGCCAGGAAUGGUAUGUGAUGGUGUCAUUGAGCCUGAGCGGUGAUGAAUGGUGGUUGCUUGAAAUCAACCGCAACACGCCGGGACGUCCGAUCAAGUUUCAAACCAAGCUAGAGCUCACCCGAGGGCAGCCCGACCUGGACGACUCUUUCUGGUCGAAUUUGACCCUCUUUGUUACCGGCAUCAUUGCUCAAGCUACCGAUCUAGAAGAUUUGCACCAAAAAGAGGUCAAACAUUUGACGAAGGAAUCCACGAACUAUUCGCUGCCACAGCAAGUCCGGCUUCCGUCUCUCAUCCUCAAACUGUCACAAAUAUUGCGACCAUCAGAGACCAGCAGCGCACAUGAUACCUCCAAGGAUGCCCUAUAUCGUUCGAGCAACAACAGUUUGUCUUGGGCUCAGGACCAAAUCGAAGUGAAGUUCAGGGGGCUUCUACCUCAACCCUCAGUGACACUUGACCAGCAUGACAACUCCCUCUCAGCCGUCGAGGUGCUUGAGAACAUCCGACUCAACACUGUGGUCGACGCCGCUGUCAGAGUCAAAGAUAAAGCGAAAUUUGCGCUGCUCAAAGGCCGCAUCGACCGGGACGUGUCUUUCAGUCCCAAGAAAGGCGAAUUCAUCUUUCGGAUUCGCCAAUCAAUCGGACAGCCGAUCCUGGAGACUUUAACAACCCACGUAAACUCCAUUGACCGCCUCGUAGGUUUCCUUGAGGCCAUGGGCAAGGCACGAGGCGACGUCAGAUGCGAGAAAGUUAGUCUCAAGCAAGUCAUUUUCACAUAUAGCGACAUGAUAAUGCCCGGCGAGAGUGGCAGUACACAAAAGCCCCAACGGUGGCGGGUGUCCCUCGAUUUAGCCAAGAGCGACAUCCGGAUGUCCUUGGAAAGGGGAAACCCGCACUUGAGAGUGCUCGAUCUGCUCACGACUCUCGUCAAUACCCAGAACGGUCUGAAAGCACUACUAGUAUAUAUGCCAUUGUUGCUGCCCAUCCUGAGAACUCUCGACAACAUCGAGUCGAAGUGGGAGCCUUUGGCAACAACAAACCAAGGGCGUCUUGAGAUCUUUCCAAGAUCCGUUGAUUGGAUCGCACUCCGUUAUACUCUCCCCAGCACGAACGGUCAACCACGAAUACUUGUACUAGAAAUCCGAAGCAAGCUGCGGCGCAGCGAGGUGUGGUGGAAUUUCUCUCGCACAAUACCGGGGGGGCCCGCCCCCCCUGACGAGGGGUUUAAUAGGGUCCUGAAGAGGAUCUGGGAGUCACAUGGCGACGGAUGGAGGGGUCUUACGACGGGCGCAGCUGCCCAGCCGGGACCCAGCACCAUGGAACUGCUUACGAGGCUUGACGACGCUGUGCGGGCAUACGCUGUAACUGGAGACAUCAGCGAGGCACCGUUGACUCAGGAGGCACAGACACAGUCGAGUCAGACAUUUUCCGCAAACCAGUCUUUCGGCACGCAGCCCACGAGCGUGAGCCAGGGAAGCAACAGGAGCAGCGGAGGAAGCAAGCAGGCGCCUCUGGUGCUUGACUAA